AUGUCUCACAUUCACACACUACUAAUGUCUCACACAAUGCAAGUCAACACUCUCACACUAGUAAUGUCUCACAUUAAUGAGACAUUAAUUCUGGUUUGUUUACCACUACCUACCAGGAAACCAAGCAAAAGUGCCAUUUUUGAUGCAGGUUCUACUUCUUUAUCAACAGCAAACCAUCAAGACUUUUCUCCUAAACGACAGCGUACCGAACCCAAUGAUUUGACAACCCAAUUCAAGUUGUUUGCAAACGCCCAGCUGGUCAAUGAAUGCAUACAGUCGACAGAUCAUGUCCUUUUCCCAUACACCCAAGACAAAAUCCAAAAGCUAUAUGUUAGAGAGUGCUAUCAUGAUGUGUUUGGCUUGAUUUUGGAUCAAAUUGAUCGUGGCAUGAAAUCAUUUGCAAUAUCUGGAACAUCAGGCAUCGGAAAGUCACUGUUUUUUGUCUACAUAUUGCAUCGCUUGAUGGAUGACUUUACCACGAAAACUCUGUUUUUGAAGCCAAACCGGAUUGUUUAUCAAGUGGGAUCCUCGUACAAAUGCUUUGACUUGCAGCAACAACUCGUCACAGAGCUUGGAUUUGAUGCGGAGGGAUUGGUUUGGAAACAAGACACAUUGUAUGUUGUUGAUGGACAUACGACUCCAAGAUCAUCAUGUUGUAUUGUAUUGUUCAUGUCAUCUCCUCAGUCUGAAGGAUACAAGGAAUUCGUCAAACAAAAAAUGGCAAAAGAAUGGGAUUUUCCUGUUUGGACUUUGGACGAGUUACAGACUUGCCGACGUCAUUGCUAUCCGGAUGUACCCAUUGAGACUAUCAAUGAGAGAUAUCGCAUGUAUGGUGGUGUAGCUCGUUCUGUCUUUGAUAUUGUAUCAAAUCCAAUGGAGGAAGCUUUGGCUGAUGUUGAUGCAGUCAAAGGGGUACACAACAUUGGAUUCACAAUCAAGAUAUCUGCAACUACUCAUACAUUGCUUCAUACCAUUGUGUCAGACGACGGACAGUACGAAUUCCUGCAUGUUGAUAUUGCUUCAAGAUAUGUUGGAGAACAACUCUGGAAACGUCAUUCUGCUCAAAUGAUUACCAAUAUACAGGAAAUGUUUGAUAGUAUUCCAACCAAAAUUUCAAGACAUUUGUUUGAAAUAUACGGACAUGUGGUUUUUUGUACUGGUGGACAAACUCUCAAAUGCAGAUGCCUGGAAGAUGGUAAAGCAACAAAGAUUACUUUGGAUGCACUCAAUGGCCAACGAAUUACAUUUGGAAUAGAUACUAUCCCUACUGCUGCAGCACUUGAUGGCAACUAUUACGAACCGACAGAUGACGAUAAUUUUGCAGCAAUUGAUUCACUCAGUCAACAGGGAAUGUUUCAAUUUACAGCUGUUGCUGAACAUCCUAUUUGUGGAGUUGAUAUUCUUACAAAACUGUGCAAUUUGUAUGAUGAACCCAAACUUUAUUUUGUGGUUCCGCCUCACCAGUUUAAAGGGUUCAAAAAGCAGAGUUUCAACCCAAUUGAUGGCACAGAGCAGACGGAUACUCUUAAGCGGUAA